CCCACUAUCAAGAAAUGCUACCCGGGUACCACAGUCGUGAAACUAGUUAUAUCAUACGCAGGGUUCAAAAGAGACAGUCCGAACACAUUGUCCCCAUAUCUCCACAUGCGAAGACGCAAACCCAAUCUACUGCGGGCAAAUGUGUAGGCUAGGCUACGUAGCUACGUUUUGCAUAAAUGCAUCUCCAUGACAUAGCACUUUGUCAACGUGUGUGAAUUAAACCCAGGAAAUUUAACAUCCGGGAUAUGAAACACGAGCAAAGACGUGGAAUGUUAGACAUUUUUUUUUCUCCGGCGCCGUAAUGAUGGAGUAAAAAGCACCAUGAUUGGUGGAUGCAAGCAAGAAGAAAUAUAAAACCGCCGGAGAGCCGUAGCAUACGGACCAGAAAUACGAUAAAUGCGGAUAAAUCAGCGUUGCCUUACAACUAAAACGACGAACACACGAUGAUUAAACGACGCCUUUUCACAGACAUUCAUCGCAUAAAAGACUGUUUCUUCUACCUCAUGAAAUGAUGCUGGAUAUUGUUUCUUUAAUGUAGCAAAAGAUGCAGCCGAAUUCUAGAAAAACAUGAAAAUACAAAAGAAGGAGAAGCAGAUGUCCGCUGCCCACUUAAUAAAGCACACUCCAGCUUCUGCAGCCUCUAGUGCCACUGACCAAAACGCACAAAUCACGUUUCCCGUAGGCCCACAGGGCAAAGAGCAAAUCCGGGUUCUGGGUGGGCAGACCAAUCACUGCAUGGCCCACACAAAGCACUCUGGGACAUGGGAGGGGGGCCCGGGAACAGGCAGGCACGCCUGCCCGCCGGCAUCGCCUGGCAACAGCGAGGAGGACGAUGGAGGGGGUGGCACCCGGGUGAAGAAGAAACGAAAGAAAAAAGACAAGAAGGGCUCAGGCACGGGGCAGAAGCCGGAACGAGAGAGCGAAUCCAAACCAAAGAAAAAGAAGGAGCUGAAAGAGCUGAAGGAGAUAUUGCCCAGGAAGUCGAAAGCACCCAAGGAGCCCAAGGGUCUCAAGGAGGCCAAGGAGUCCAAGAAGUUCAAGGAGCUGAAGUCACCAAAAGAGCCUAAAAAGGGGAGAAAGGGUCGGGAAGCCAAGGCCAAGCCCACCGUAGACUGCAAGGCCACAUCAUCUCCUCCCAGACAGCGAGGCAGAAAGCCCAAAGAGCAGGGUGUGGUCCCGCCAGAGAAGAAGAAGAAGGGGAAGAGGAAAAGCGAGGUCCAGCAGGAGGCGCUAGAGAGCGAUGACACAGCCUCCCUGACUGCAGUGGCCAUGGGGGGCGAGGAAAGCAGCGACCCGCUGGACAGCACGAAGCGGCGUUCAGGACGUCAGGUGAAGCGCAGGAAGUAUAACGAGGACCUGGAUUUCAAGGUUGUGGACGACGACGGGGAAACCAUCGCUGUGUUGGGCACGGGCCGCAUGGGAGCCCUGUCUGCCUCCACACUGGCCUGGCAAGCAGAGGAGCCGCCUGAAGACGAGGCUAACAUCAUUGAGAAAAUCCUCUCUGUGCGAACUGUGAAGAAGGAGGCAGAACCGGGGAAGCCACCUGAGGAGUAUGAGGAAUUCUAUGUCAAGUACAGAAAUUUCUCUUACCUUCACUGCAAAUGGGCGACUCUGGAGGAACUGGAAAAGGACCCGCGCAUCCACCAAAAAAUCAAGCGCUUCAGGAAUAAGCAGGCACAAAUGAAGCACAUUUUCAGUGAACCAGACGAGGAUCUUUUUAAUCCGGACUACAUUGAGGUGGACCGUGUGCUGGAAGUGGCCCACACUACUGACACAGAGACCGGAGAGGAGGUUACACACUAUCUGGUAAAGUGGUGCUCUCUGUCGUACGAAGAAAGCACUUGGGAGCUCCAAGAGGAUGUUGAUCCUGUAAAGAUCCGUGAGUUUGAGAACCUCAAGAAAAUCCCUGAUUUGAAAUAUGUGGAGAGACCUCAACCCGAUAAGUGGCAGAAGCUGGAAAACUCUCGAGACUACAGGAAUGGGAACGAGUUGAGAGAGUACCAGCUUGAGGGAAUGAACUGGCUUCUAUUCAACUGGUACAACAGGAAAAACUGCAUCUUGGCAGACGAAAUGGGCCUGGGAAAGACCAUUCAGUCCAUAACAUUCCUCUUCGAGAUCUUCAGUAUGGGCAUUCGCGGCCCAUUCCUCAUCAUUGCCCCACUCUCUACCAUCACAAACUGGGAGCGCGAGUUCCGCACCUGGACCGAAAUCAACGUGAUCGUCUACCAUGGCAGCCAGAUCAGUCGGCAGAUGAUCUUACAAUAUGAAAUGUACCACAGAGAUGAACAUGGAAACUCUGUGUCUGGCUUGUUUAAGUUCCAUGGUGUGAUCACUACGUUUGAGAUGAUCAUGGCUGACUGCCCUGAGCUGAAGAAAAUCCACUGGCGCUGUGUGGUGAUUGACGAGGCCCACCGGCUGAAGAACCGCAACUGCAAGCUUCUAGAGGGACUCAAGCUCAUGAACCUGGAACACAAAGUGCUGCUGACUGGAACACCACUGCAGAACUCUGUCGAGGAACUCUUCAGCUUGCUCAACUUCCUGGAACCACUUCAGUUCCCCUCUGAGACCACCUUCCUGGAGGAGUUUGGGGAUCUGAAAACAGAGGAGCAGGUGAAGAAGCUUCAGGCCAUCCUAAAGCCCAUGAUGCUGAGGAGAUUAAAGGACGACGUGGAAAAGAACUUGGCUCCCAAAGAGGAGACCAUCAUCGAAGUGGAGUUGACCAACAUGCAGAAGAAAUACUACCGUGCCAUUCUUGAAAAGAACUUCACAUUUCUGGCCAAGGGUGCCAACCAGCACAACAUGCCCAACCUCAUCAACACUAUGAUGGAGCUACGCAAGUGCUGCAACCACCCAUACCUCAUCACUGGCGCAGAAGAAAAGAUUCUGGAAAGCUUCAAGAAGACACACAGCCCCGAUGCCUCAGACUUCCAGCUUCAGGCUAUGAUCCAGUCAUCAGGAAAGCUGGUCCUCAUUGACAAGCUCCUGCCUCGUCUCAUAGCUGGAGGUCACAAAGUUCUGGUCUUCUCCCAGAUGGUGCGCUGCUUGGAUAUCCUGGAGGACUACCUCAUCCAGAGGAGGUACACGUAUGAGCGCAUCGACGGUCGUGUACGGGGGAACCUGCGGCAGGCAGCCAUCGACCGCUUCUGCAAGGUGGACUCAGAUCGCUUCGUGUUUCUCCUGUGCACGCGUGCUGGGGGCCUGGGGAUCAACCUGACGGCCGCUGACACCUGCAUCAUCUUUGACUCAGACUGGAACCCACAGAACGACUUGCAGGCACAAGCGCGCUGUCACAGGAUUGGCCAGAGCAAAGCAGUAAAGGUCUACCGGCUCAUCACUCGGAACUCGUACGAGCGGGAGAUGUUCGACAAGGCCAGCCUGAAGCUGGGUUUGGACAAGGCAGUGCUGCAGGACAUCAACCGCAAGGGCAGCCUGAACGGAGUGCAGCAGCUGUCUAAAUUGGAGGUGGAGGACCUUUUGAGGAAGGGUGCAUACGGUGCUCUAAUGGACGAGGAGGACGAGGGUUCCAAAUUCUGCGAGGAAGACAUCGACCAGAUCCUUCAGCGCCGCACUCAGACCAUCACCAUCCAGUCAGAAGGGAAGGGCUCCACGUUCGCUAAGGCCAGCUUUGUAUCUUCUGGAAACAGAACUGACAUCUCUCUGGAUGAUCCAAACUUCUGGCAGAAAUGGGCUAAAAUCGCUGAGCUGGAGAUUGACUCUAAGGAAGAGAAAGAGAGCCUGGUGAUCGAUACGCCUCGUGUGCGGAAACAGACGCGCCAUUACAACUCGUUUGAGGAUGAUGAGCUGAUGGAGUUCUCUGAGCUGGACAGCGACUCGGAAGAAAGGCCGUGUCGUACGCGCCGCCUCAACGACAGAAACCGACGCUACCUGCGGGCGGAAUGCUUCCGUGUGGAAAAAAACCUGCUCAUAUUCGGCUGGGGGCGGUGGAAGGACAUCCUCACCCAUGGCCGCUUCAAGUGGCACUUGGCGGAGCGGGACAUGGAGCUAAUGUGCCGGGCUCUGCUGGUCUACUGUGUGCGCCACUACAAAGGAGACGAAAAGAUCAAAAGCUUCAUCUGGGACCUCAUCACCCCAACUAAAGAUGGUCAAAAUGAGGCCCUACAGAACCACUCUGGUCUUUCGGCACCCGUUCCCCGCGGUCGUAAGGGUAAAAAGCUGAAGAACCAGCUGUGUAUACCUGAGUUGAACAAUGCAGAUUGGCUGGUGCACUGCAAUCCAGAGGUGGUGCUGCAGGACGACAGCUACAAAAAGCACCUCAAGCAGCACUGCAACAAGGUACUUUUAAGGGUUCGCAUGCUGUACUAUUUGAAGGCGGAGGUCCUGGGGGAAGCAGCGAAUCAGGCCCUGGAAGGCAUUUCAGCCAGCAAACUAGAGGUGGCUCUUCCUGACAUUGACUACAUUGAGAUUCCGGCUGGCUGGUGGGACGCUGAAGCAGACAAAUCCCUCCUCAUCGGUGUCCACAAGCAUGGGUACGAGCGAUACAAUGCCAUGCGGGCUGAUCCAGACCUGUGCUUCCUGGAGCGAGUGGGCAUGCCUGACGUCAUGGCCCUUUCUGCAGAGCAGUCAGGCUCAGAGGUCCCAGCUGAUGCAAAUGACAGUGUUGGGAAGACUGAAGACAUGAAAGACGAGACUGAAAGCAAGAUGGAGGGGGGGGAAGAUAAGGAGGAGAGCAAAGAUGACACCAGUUCUGUUACAGACACAUCAGAGAAACAGGAGAAUGUUGUUUCAAGUGAACUGGGAGUUCCAGAGGCCUCUGAGCAGGGCAGGCUUCUCUGGCCGGCGGGUUCUGCUUUGACGGCUCGUCUUCGACGACUCAUCACCACCUACCAGCGUUACAACCGUCGUGAGCCCCUGCGCCACGAGUUCCUGAUGCUGGAUGGGGCUAGUCAUGUGCCCUGGCAACUGGGAGAAGACCUGAGGAGAUGCGCUGUAGAACCAGACCCCCUGUUCCUGGAGUGGCAGAGAAGGUGGACACGUCGAGAGCAGGCAGAUUUCUAUCGGACAGUUUCAUCCUUCGGUGUUAUGUUUGACCCAGAGAAGAAAGUGUUUGAUUGGACACAGUUCCGCUCUCUCGCUCGACUGGAGAGAAAAACAGAUGAAAGUUUAGAGAGAUAUUUUUACAACUUUGUAUCCAUGUGUCGCACUGCCUGCAGGCUUCCCCCAAGGAAGGAUGAAGGUCCCAUUGACCACGCUCUGUUUGUGGAACCAAUCACUGAAGAGCGAGCGGCCCGCACACUCUACCGCAUUGAGUUGCUGAGGAAAAUUCGGGAGCAAGUUCUUCGCCACCCGCUGCUGGGACAGAGACUUCAGCUGUGCCAGCCUAGUCUCUACCUGCCUGUGUGGUGGGAGUGCGGGAAACACGACCGGGACCUCCUGAUUGGCGCCGCCAAGCAUGGCUUGAGCCGCACUGACUAUUACAUCCUCAAUGAUCCCCAGCUCUCCUUUCUGGAAGCCCACCGCAACUACGUGCGGAAAGAGAACCACGGCUACCCCGUGCCAGCCUCUAUGUCUGGCAUGCCCCAUCGCCACUGCUGCCUUUAUGACGCAGGCCUCAGCCACUGCCACUCUCCACAGCCUCCUGAAUACCACACUCCGCCAUCUCACCAUGCCCAUGGACACCCUCACAUCCAUGGUCCUGUGCACCAUCCUACUGAGGUGGUAGCUGGAGACCCGGUUGGCUCCCUGGCCAUGAGUGGUGGCGGUGGCCCCAGGGAGGGUUUCCUGGACUGCCCUCCCCUUGAGGAGUCCCUGGAGCUGGCGUCGCUGCAGCAUGAUGGACUGGCUGCCGACUCCCUCCAUGGUAAGCCCAGCAAAGAGGCUUUCAACGGGUUUCCCUUCAACUCGGCUUCUGGAGGGCAGAGCAUGCUCAACUCCUACGGUGUACAGGGCGAGCUGAGCGGGACUCAGGGGGACAUUGCUGACUCCAUUGCAGGGAAGCUACGCAGUGAUGUGCUGGUGGGUGAACAGGGCUCGUCUGAAGAGACGGGGCUGAUGGCACCCUCCGUAGAGCUGGACGAACUGCAAACACCGUGGGAGAGCUCAGACCAUGCCGCUGCAGCUCACAUGUUCAACGAGGCCGACCCAAUCUUGGGUGCUCCUGCACUGGAGUCGGAGUUCCUGGACUCGUCAGAUGCACCCGGAGAUGGCCAGGUGGACACUGCCUUGAACGACUGUCUGAGCAUGCCCAGUUCGGACUCACAGAGCAACCCGGUCGACCCCUUGCCGUCCAGCUUCAUGCUGUUUAAGGAGCUGAGUGAAGCCGAGCCCUCGGUCGAGCAGACUGACCUAUCAGCCAGCCCUCCUCCAGAGUACGCUCCAACUCCCCUCUCUUUGGGCGAUAUGAGUCUCUCCCAUACGGGCCCCACUGAGGAGCCAGAUGAGAAGCUGAGUGACUCAGACGUCACCCGCAGUGCUCCCAGCCCCGUUGAUGUGGCCGGGAGCGUGACCUUUGAGUUUGACAAGGAGGAGCUGUCACAGGAUAGUCACAGCCUGACCGGGACAACUCAGGGGCCCGACGAAGCAUCUCUGGAUCCGUCUGAAGGCCCUCCAGAGGAAGCCCUGGGUGAGACCAGUACGGAACCACUAAGCGAAGCAAGUGUCCCUGAGCAUAAUGAAGAAAACCUCGCAGAGCCUUGUGAGGAGCCGAUGGAAGAGUCUAUGCUGAAGGGGCUUUCAGAUGUGCCACCAGAGGAGCCUUGGGAAAGCCAUCCUCAGGAGAAGCAGCCUGGAGAGGAAACCCUACAGGUGCCCUCCGAGGAGCCCGCGGAGGAGGAGCCCUAUGAGACCCCCUCAAGGUCACUACACGAAGUGCACUCGGAGGAGGCAUCCAGCGAAAGGCUCUCUGAGCCUGUGAUCGGGAGCAGUCUCAGUGACCCAACCCUCUCCUCUGUAGGCCCCACCUCGUCCCCACUUCCCUGUGCCUCGCCCUCCCUGUCCGUCCCUCUGUCAGUUCCCCCCACGUCGCCAGAGCCCAGCACUGCCGUCCACAUUAAGCAGGAGCUGCUGCUGGAGCCAACCACUGCAGAGAUCAAGCCUGACCCUGAGGCCCUCGAGCCAGACAGCACUACACUCACACCCAGGCUAGAACAGACGGAGAUGCUGGAAGCAAAAGAAGAGAUAAAACAAGAGAGAGUGAAAACCCCAGCUCUGAUGGUGGACAGCUAUGUGGAGGCCCCAAGAUACGCUCCCCAAAUGUCAGUCUGCGAAAUGCCCGACAGUCUCCAUGAUGUUCGGGAACCUACCAUUGCCCAGCUCCUCCAGGAGAAAGCCCUCUACUCAUUCUCUGGAUGGCCCAAGGACAGGGUGAUAAUUAAUCGCCUUGACAGUAUUUGCCAUGCUAUUCUGAAAGGGAAAUGGCCUUCAUCCAGCCAGUAUGAGUCGCACAGUACCCUGGCAAACACCUGUGCCCCCAACAGUGGCCACCAACGAGCUGCCUUUAUGCCAGCCCGGGUACAGCCUUCCCAGAGCCUUAACUUCAACAUGCCAACUGUCUCCCGCAUGCCUAAGGAGAGGUUGAUGGCCCCUCCAUUCUUGUCCGACCUCAAGCAACCAGGAGUAAGACCGCGGUUUGAAUUUGAGGCAGAGGUGCUCAGCAAGCCUUGCCACACCGGAGAGAAAAUCCAGGUUGGCAUUCCACAUCGGGGCGGACCGCUGCUGUUGAACGGCUGGCAGGAAGCGGCGAUGGACCUCUCCAAACCCCCUGGGGAGCUUGGCAUUGGCGGGGAGACUGGCCCUGUGGGUCAUAUUACUCAUACAGUCCACACCCCUCCUCCUCCUCCACCUUCUCACCCCCCUCCACCGCAACAUAAGCUGCCCACCCUGAGCUCAAUGCAGGGCUCUCUGGGCCUGGACAUGGCCGGCAUUCUGCAGGCCGGCCUCAUUCACCCAGUCACCGGGCAGAUCGUCAACGGCAGCCUUCGCCGUGACGACUUCAUGAGACGGAGGCGAGGCCGCAGGAGAAAUGUGGACGGGCCGGACAUCAGCUUCAUGCGGAGCCACGGACUAAGUGUGCAGGAACAGCAGGUUGGCCUGGCAUUCAGAUUAGAACCAAGACCGGAUAGCAUCAGCCAUUCAACGGUGUCGUCCACCACUACCACCCAGUCUGAUCGUUCCUCAGCACCUCCUGGUCCAUCUGGACCUUCUAGUUCUCUUGGGCUGCCACCUCCACCACCACCAGAGAGCCUGGGGAUUGACAGAGAAGCAGCCAAUAAGGGUCUGAUGGAGUGGCUUAGACAAAACCCCAACUACAUGGAAAUCCCCCAUUUUGCCUCCUCCCAAAACGCAGCCAUCUUGCAUAGUUUUGUUGAGCGUCCAAAACAGAGGAGGCACCGCUGCAAAGACCCUACCAAGCUGGAUGUGAACUCCCUGACCGGAGAAGAGCGGGUGCCCGUAGUACACAGGAGCACAGGACGUAGGCUGGGUGGCGCUAUGGCUCCAGCGAUAAAGGAACUGUCUCGAUGGCUGGAUGCCAACUCUGAAUAUUGUGUGGCUCCAGACUGGGCUGAAGUGGUGAAACAUUCGGGAUUUCUGCCAGAGGGCAAGUUCACUCGAAUCCUGACAGAACCUGUUAGCCGAGAUCCUGGGCCUCGCCGGAGGGGUCGACGGCCUCGCAGUGAGAUGGUCAAAGCUGGACCCAUCCUCCCGGAGUCUCCUUCGAACAUGGGGCCCCUGUUUAUGAACGGGGGAUUGAUUGGAAGCAUGGACUUGGUCAGUCUGCAAAACCUGCGGAACGUUCCGGGCAUCCCCCUCACAGGCCUGAUGGGAUUCCCACACGGCUUUGCAGCCGUCCCAGCGGGAGCGGGAGAGGAUGCCAAGAACGGCAUCAGCAUGCUUCCCAUGAUGCUUCACGGCAUGGCGGCGGUGCAGCCGCCCAUGUUUAGCGUGAGCGGCCUCAUGAGCCAGCCCUCGUCAUCCUCGCCCUCGUCCUCCUCCCCCACCACGACCCUGUCCACUUCAGCAGGCCCCACGGUGAUCACCUCCACCUCUGCUGCCCUCAGUCCCUCUAGCGGCCCCAGUCCCGUCACCAGUGGUCCGAGCCCCCCGGCCGAGAGCUGCAGCUCCACCACGGCCUCGGGCUUGGACAAGCGCAAGGACGACAGAGCACCUGUGGAAGGGAAGCCCCCUGGGCCUCCCGUUGGACACGCAACCGCUACCGUUAGCAGCACCACGCCUACCAGUGUGUCUGCCGGCAGCAUCAGCAGCACUGGCAGCCACUUGACCUUCAACCCGUUUCUAAUCCCAGGGAUGUCCCACGGACUGCUGUACCCACACAUGUUCUUGCCCCAUGGGGGCAUCAUGGCACUGCCGGGGAUGCCCGCCGCCGACAGCUCCGGCAGCCCGAAGAGGAAGAGAAAGAAAUUGAGAGAGGACGGGGCUCCGGAGGGCGGGAGCGCCGGAAGCCCUCCAAUGGACAGCACGCCUGCCAGAGGGCCCAGCGACGCUCCGCAGAUACGGGCGGACGCGGACAAUGACGCCCCAAGUGAAGAGGGGCCGCAAAACCAGGAGACAGACACAAACAGCAAGGGCCACGAGGACCACAGCAACGCCCUUCCUCCUGAGGCUCCCAUAGAGUGCAGCAGCAAAGAGGAGGAGAGACAAACAGAGGAAAAGGAGGAGCAGGAUGUGGAAGGGAAGGAUAAAAGACUGCCCGAGACCGAAAGGCAAGAAUAUGAACCCAGGGAGGACUCGCAGUAGGAACCAUCACCACCCCCGUCCACUCUACGGUGCAGCGGAGUGGAGUUUGUGACAGUGUCUGUCAGUUUCCAUGUAAAGACUUAAGUUAUCCACAUAUUAAUGUUUAUAGAACUCCUGUCCCUAUUGUAUGUACGUGCUCUCUGAAACACUCUCCCCCCUCGGAAAGCAAAAAUAGAUAAAGACGGACACUUCUGCAUGCAAGUGCACACACAGGUAUGAUGGCAGCAACAGAAAUGGAUCAAAACCCGCAGUCAUUCUCUCCAUGCGCAGGGGCAUCGUGUGGUGCCCAGUCACCUGGUCUGUUGGGAGCUGUAUGCGUACGGUAGAGGAUCAAUGAAGUCAUUGUGGUAUAAUGUAGUGCUAUAUGGUUAUGCAAGGUGAUCAAGCCUACCGAUUGCAUAAAUAACAUGCAAGUGUAGAAUGCACCACAGGAGGGCUGUUAAAAGGGACCAGAGGUUGUGAUUGUGUUGAUGGUGUUACAGGGUUAUAGAUAAAAGUUCUCUAAAACUCUUAUUUGUUUCUCUUGCGAGGGUCUUACGCCUGCGGACAUGUAGACGAGAAGGCCUUGUGCAAUGUCAUUAGCUGUUGUUGACCUUGACUCAGUGGAUUUUGCUGUCGGACCUGAUUUCUCAUGUUGCUGCUAUGUAACAUUAUACAUUUUAAUGAAAUAUAUAAGAGCCAACAUUUUAAUGUGUAUAACAAGAGUUAGAGGUAUAACAGAUUCAACAUAUGGGUUACAAUGGAUAUUUGAGUACAUAAGGAAAAAAAAGUGUGUUAAAAUCAAUGGCAAAGAACAAUCCAGAUUUUGACUUUUUGAUCGUGUAUCAUGUACUUCAUAGGAUGCAGGCAGCAGCAACAAAAAAAAGUAAUUUCAUUUUCAAAAGUCACUUUGAAAAAUACCCUUUUGUUCCCAGCCACACAACGUGUAACUUUGUGAUUGUAGCUGGCAGGUGAGACGUGUCCAGAAAAGAUGAGAUGUGUCCAACACUAGUGCCAUAGCAGAGCCUCACAAGGGGGCAAAGAGAGAGAGAGAGCAAAGAGAGAGAGGAGACACCACAUUGAGGUGGCCAAGGUCACAGCGAGGACCACUGACAAGCGAGGGAAGCGUUCUCGUUUGAUAAACAAAAGAAAAGAGCAGGCAACGAAACAAUAACAACAAGAAAAUCUGUCCACUCCCACUGGUCUGUCCAAAGCAAGGGAAGGCGGCCUGGCAGGACCACAGGCGUGAGAAGCAGGAAUGGUGGAAAGUGCCCACCCACACUUAACUGGUGUGGGAUUGGUCUGGUCUCUUUCCCCUCUGAUGCAUUUUCAGCUCCUGUACAAUAGAUCAUGCUAGGACUUCUUAAAUGAAAAUGUAAAUCUGUUUAGCUGUAUAUUGCUGUUACUUUUGUUUACAAAGCACACCACGUUUUUAGUUUUUUUUCUCUACUAUGAUGCAACAUAGUGGAGAUAUGGCAAACUCAGUAACAGUGUUUCCUGUAUUUAACAUAACUGUACAUUAGAUGGAUACAAAGGUAGUUUUUUUUUUCUUCCCAGAAUUUCACAGGGUCUCAUUUUGGGUGUACUUUUUAGACUUGGCUUUUCGGCCGAAUAACUUUUUGAGUUCACUUUUUUCCUUUCCGUUUUCAGACAUGAAAUAUUUUUUUGCACAGUCUUUUUGGUGAAUGUUUACCUGUAACUGUAUUCUUGUAUUCUGUUGCAUUUGUUUUCUUUUGGUGAGUGUAUGUGUGGAUGCAUGCGCACACUUGCACAUAACAUGGCCCAUCAUGGACAUUUUGUUGUAGACCUGUAUUUAUAUCUUGUCUUUCCCUACGUCACCUUUACUGUUCUAAGAUUGUUGUUGCCUUGUCACAACUUGUGACUCCAUAAUUUAUUUUUGGUUAAGUUUUUUUUUUUUUUUUUUUUUUUUUAAAUCUGCUUUGCCAAACUUUCACCAAAUACGGCAUCAUUUCAUUUAUUUCACUCAGUUAUGUUAAAUAUACAAUGCCUUAUUUAGUUAACGUUUUAUAUAUGGAUGUUUGUUACAUCUACAUGUUGGAAAGUAUAUAUCAAAGUAUUUUGUGUAGGGCUUGAUCGUUUGAAACAGAAAGCAUCCACAGUCAGACCCAAUAGACAUUAGUGGGCUUAGUUGUAUGACUAUGUGAGUACGUGCCUAUGAAUGUCACGUCAGUUCCUGAUCCUCAUUUGCAACAAGUCAUAUUUCCGGCCCUGUCAAACUCACAGUGUGAUGAAUAAAUCAUCUUACUCCCAUAAAAAUGAAGAGGGGGCCAGCAAAUCGACCAUUCAAAAAUCCCAGGAAAUUAAAGCACAAUUGGAAAACAGUUGUUGAACACUAUAGACAGAUUGCUUAUACUUUCUUUGUUGAGAGGUCCUGUCCCAUAUUUGUGUGUCGGUAUGAUUAUUGUGUCAGGUUUUAUGUAGGUUAGUCAUGGAUAAGAAUCAUCCGCCGUUAACAUUCAACAUGAUUUCUGUUGUUGAUUGUGUCUCAGCCUGUGAUCAGAUUGUCGUGUCAUUGUAAGGAUGUCUUGAGUUGUGCCAGAUUUAAUUUGAUCAAUAGGGUCUUUCUUCUGAUAAGCUUUUCACAUGACAUCACUUUGGGGGCCUUCUGUUACAUUACAGAUGCAGUGUGAAUACAGCUGAAGAGAACAAAGGUUCUGUUCAAAUAAUCAUGAUUUUUGCUGUCCGAUUUCUAGGGUCUUCAAAAUGUGUCAAAUCUUUCCACAACCGUUAUUAUAGACUUACCAUAUGGAGAAAUGGACCACCAAAAUUAAAAGUAUUAUCAACAGAAGUGAUGUUUUCACACAAACCCAUGCUUAAUCUCAAAAGCCUUUUCUGUUGGUUGAAACUUGAAUCACCUAAAAUGUGCAGUAUGUGAGUUAAGUUACAGUUCAAAACUUCAUAUUUAUUCAUGUUGUUAAAGCACUCAUGUUUCACUCCUCUGCUAGUGUUCAAUAAUUUAUCAGAAGGCAAGACUGAUUUUCAAAUACUUUUAUAUUAUUUCAGAUAUAUUUAUUUUACACCACUGUCAGUUUUGUUUAUCUACCUGUAUUCAAGCUUACUGUAUGCAUAAGGGUUGCCGUUUUCGAAGAUUUGCCCUCACCACAUCCAGUGCAGUACUGUUUUCCCCACAAUGAAUGUUUAUGAUGUUUCUUUUGUUGGUAUGCCUUCAACUGAAGCAAAGCAUUAGUCUGAAACGUGCUAAAAACAGACAUGCCUUGGAAAAAAGUGGUGAUACUUUCACGAGCAUUACUGGCUGUAACUUUAUAAAUGUCUGUCCUCAAUGCCUCGUUGGGCUACGUUUUGCACAGAUACUCAUGUUUCUGAUCAAUAGAACUGGUGAAAUCAUUGCAUUUUAAUUUUAAUGUGGAUUUUCAGGUCCAAGGCAUUUAUGGGAAAACAUGUAAUGUUAAACUCACUGAAUUAGGUACACUAAACUACUCUUUGGGAAAUAAAUGUUAAGAUGGUAGUUGGAUUGAAUUUGAAGAAACGAGUAAGUAACCUUUCAUGUUCUAAUAGCGGCAUCCAAAAAUACUGUAUGUGGCUGAUUCAAGUUGCAGUGUUAGGCCCAUUUUCUUUGUUCUGAGCAAGCUAUUCUGUGUUUGAAAACACUUCACCCGUGCAAUAGUGUGUGAUUCAAGAGGAUUGGAUCAGUCACUAUAAUCAUGAGGUUAAAUUUACACUCCAAUCCUGUGGUCAUGUGCCAGUGGCUGGACUGCAUAUAUAAUUACUGACAUAUCUGCACGCAUUGGGAAAGAUGCAGGGCUCUCCUCUUAGGUGUUCUGUUGUGUUUGUCCUUGCAUGCCUGGACAUGCUGGCAUUGGCCUCGGCAACCACCCUUAACAAAACUCACUCCCAUUUCAGGAUGGCAUAAAGCUCAGAUUGGGUGUCUGUAUGCAUGCUUAACAGUUCUGUUCUUCAGCUGCUUGCGUUUAGGACAGUAGUUUGCAGCUCAUUCGGUAACUGAAAGGCCAGUGUUCACUAAGUGGAUGUACUGUACGCUCUUAGUUUCAUCGAACCAAGUGCACUGUAUUAUGGGAUCAUAUGCUAAAAAAAAAAAAGAAAAAGAAAAAAGUACUCUGAAAACAGCAACAUUUGAGAGAUGUGGGUUUUUUGUUUUGUUUUUAUUUUUAUUUUCUAGCUCCUGUAUUCCCAUGUGGACCAAUCACAUAAUUCAAAACAUGGUAUGUGAUCUUUUAUUGUGCAAUAAAAGAUGACUUUCAACUUUGAA